AUGAUAAAAGAAAAAGAUGAAGAAAUUAAAAUUAUGACAAAUUUUUUAUAGAGCAAACUCUACAUUUAGAAUAUGAAAGGAGAUAUGUAAAAGAAUGAAAAAAAAAGAUCAUUGCUUAAUGUAUAAAUCAAAUACUUUCAAUUAUUUGAUGAGGAGUAAGAGGUAAUUUAAGAAUCAAAUUUUAGUUAGUGAAAAUUUGUAAUAAUUCAUAUAGUUGUGUGAAUUAAGCCUUGAGAUUUGUUUUAAGAGAGAAAGUUUAAAGUUAAUCUUUGAAACAAUAUUGGAGAGUCUUAUCAAAUAUAAAUUAUAAUCUAAAUUCCAAUACAUGCUAUUAUUAGAAUAUAUAGAAUAUUUAGAAUUUUCCUUCUUAAUUUUAAGAAAUUAUUAAAAAGGAUAUAGUAAGAACAACUUAGGAUGAAGAAUGUAGAGUAAAAUUGAGUAAUGUUCUUAAUGCAUAUAGUAUUCGUAAUGCAUAAGUUGGGUAUUGUUAAGGAUUUAAUUAUAUAGCUUACUAUUUCCUUUAGUAUUUCAAUGAAGAAGUAUGAAUUUCAUUAUAUUUUAGGAAACUUUUUGGUUUUUAUGCAAUUUAUUUGAGACUAUAUUACCACCUAAUUAUUAUAAUCAUUUGUAUGGAGUUCAAUGUGAUGAUUUUAUUAUUAAAGAAAUUUUAGUAUUCUUAAAACCAUAGUUGAUAAAUCAUAUGGAAAAGUUGUAAGUUGAAACAAGUUUAUUUACAAUUUAAUGGUUGGUUUGCUGUUUUACAUUUCACAAUAAAUUGAGUGAGACAAUAAUAGAUUUAUUAUUACUUGAUGGAUCCAAAGCAUUAAUAAAAUGUGUUCUAACAUAUCUAACCUUUUUGGAACCAAUUCUAUUACAAUGUGAAGAUAUAGGCACAUUUAUUAUUUCAAUAGAAAAUUUUCUUUAGAAUUAUUAAGAUAGAGAAUAAUUUAUAAAGGAAUACAACAGAAUAUAUAUCAAUAAUAAAAUACUGCAAUUUGUAAGAUAAGAUUAUUCAAGAAAAGUUGUUACAAUGAUUCAAUAAAGAAGCAAUCAAAUUGCUAAACAAUUAGAUACUUAUUUAUUGGAUCUUAAAUAAAAGAAAUGUAAUUUAGAAUCACCUGUGUGUUAAUAUAUUCUUGAAACUUGGAAUAGAAAUAAAAAACAUCUUGAUUUUAUUAUUAUUUAAGAACAAAAUAUAAAAAUCAUUUAAGAUUAUGAAUAAACAAAGUAUAGAAAAUCUAUUUUAGAUAAUAAUGAUUAAAUGAUAUUUAGAUAAAAUCAUAUAUGUAAAUCAGAUGAUAUGAUAUUAAUUAGAGAAAUCUAAUAUACUGAUGUAUAAGAUGUAGAAUUUGUAAACAUUAAAUAAAUUCAGAAAAAUAAUUAAGUGAGUAGGAGAGCUCGUAGUCCUAUUAAAGAUAUACUUCUAUUUCCAUUAAAAGCAUUUAAUUAAAAAGAAUAGGAAUAGAAAUUAAAAAUGAAUCCCUAAAAAUAUAAAAUUGAACCCUAUUAAAUUUAAAGAACUGUUAAAAGUUAUCAACCUUAACAAUCACCAAAUUCUUAUUAACACAAUAGAGCCAGAUCUCCAUAAUAUAGAAGAUCUUAUUAGCCAAAGGAUAUGAGUAACUCAUAAUAUGUUGGAUCCACACAGAGAACAUAGAAUGAGGAACCACCAACCAUUCGAGAAUCAAUAACAAUAUAAUUUUUAACAGAGCUCUCUAAAAACACUGGAUUAAUCAAUCUAGAAUUUUAAUAUUAAUGA